AUGCAUUGGAAAAUCUCCGUCAAUCCUCCCAUCGAGGGUGAUGAUGAGGUCGUCCGGCUCCGCGUCGAUCACGGCUUGCGAGGGAGGGUCUGUGUGUCCGAAAAGGGAACCAAUGCCGUCGAUGGUCUUGCUACCCGAGGUCUCGAUGCAGAGACUGUCAACGAAUCAACCUGGCCCUUCGUUCCUCGCCAGUCGUUCAAUCUUGGCGGUGAUCCUGCCCCGGCCGAUGUUGACUACUUCUGCGUCAACAAGCCGAUAUACGAUUGUCCUGAGAAGGUUGAUAGAGCGGGCGCCAAAUGCAGCCUAUGCAAGAAUUUGAAGCGUCCAGUGGGUGGCACAUUGGCUCUCCAUCAUGAUAGCUUCUGUGCCAACGACGGUACCCAAACGUCCUAG